AUGGCCAACAGGACAAUUGAUUCUUUUUUCAAGAAAAGACGUCUAGAACCAAGUGGAAGUGGUGAAAUUCCUUGUCCUCUUCGUGAUUCUUCUCCUAAGCAUCAAACAAAGAAAUUUUGUAGAGCUGAAUCAUUAGAGUUUGAUAUUUCAUCCAUAGAACGUGAUCUUGGAAAGAGAAAAUCCAUUUGGGAAUAUCUAGAGCAUCAAAGGGAUGAGGUACGGAGAGCAUAUAUUAAGUUUGGGCCAUACCAACCUGAGCUUCCGAUUGAAUCAAUGGUUGUUGACAAGAAGGGCCGACAUUUCCUUUUCUCUUGGUAUAAAUUGUUUCCAGAUUGGUUGGAAUUUUCUCCAACAAAGAAUGCUGCCUUUUGUCUUCCUUGCUCACUUUUUUCCAAGCCAACGGACCGUUUUGGAUCAAUGGCCUUCACAACUAGUGGAUUUAGAUCAUGGAAGAAGGUAAAUGAUGGAAAAAAUUGUGCUUUUUUAAAUCACAUUGGAAAAGAUCCUAACUCAUCACACAAAGUGGCAAUGCAAUGCUAUCAUGAUUUGGGAAACUCAUUGCAACAUCUUGACAAAAUUAUUGAGAAGCAAAAUUCUGAGCAGGUUGCAAAAAAUCGGUUGCAACUUCAAGUUUCCAUAGAUGCUGCAAAAUGGUGUGCAUUUCAAGCGGUGGCUUUUAGGGGUCAUGAUGAAAGUUUAGAUUCUAACAAUCGAGGUAAUUUUAUUGAGUUGAUCAAGCAUGUGUCUUCUUAUAAUGAAAAAGUGGCUGCUGUGGUUCUUGAUAAUGCUCCUCGAAAUGCAUCUUAUACUUCUCCUACGAUCCAAAAGGAGAUAUUGUCCAUUUGGUCGAUCAAGAUACAAAAGCAUAUUCGAGAGGAGAUUAGUGAUUCAAAAUUUUCUAUACUUGUUGAUGAGGCUCAAGAUAGAUCAAAAAGAGAGCAAAUGGCUAUUGUUCUUAGAUUUGUGGACAAGCAAGGCUAUAUUCGAGAGAGAUUUUUUGACAUUGUUCAUGUGCACGAAACCAAUUCCUUGACUUUGAAGAAGGAGAUAUGUGAUGUCCUUUCUCGCCAUAAUCUUAGUGUGCAAAACAUUCGUGGCCAAGGAUAUGAUGGAGCUAGUAACAUGCGUGGAGAAUGGAAUGGACUGCAAGCAUUAUUUAUUCAGGAGUGCCCCUAUGCAUAUUAUAUUCACUGUUUUGCUCAUCGACUGCAAUUAACAUUGGUAGCAACAUCUCAAGAGGUAAUUCCUGUGGAACAAUUCUUUACAAACUUAUCUCUUCUUAUAAAUUUAGUUUCAUCUUCUUGCAAACGGGUGGACCAACUUAGAGUUGCUAGAGCUGCUAGAAUUGCUGAAUUGAUUGCUAUUGAUGAACUUGAGACUGGUAGGGGUCAGAAUCAGAUGGGUACCUUAAAACGGCCAGGGACUACAAGAUGGGGGUCUCAUUUUAGUUCUAUCUGUAGCUUAUUCACAGAAUAUGAAGACAUUUGCUCUGUCCUAAUUGAUGUUAUCAAUUAUGGAAAUACAUCAACUCAAAGAAGUGAAGCUAACAGAGUUUAUGAUUUCAUGACAUCCUUUGAUUUUGUUCUUGUUAUGCAUAUGAUGAGGGACAUUUUAGGAUUUGCACAAGUACUUUCUCAAGCUUUACAAUGCAAAUCUCAAGAUAUUUUGAAUGCCCUUAAAUUGGUUUCAGUAACAAAGGAUCGACUUCAAAGUUACAGAGAUAAUGGAUGGAAUGAAUUGUUCACCAAUGUAAAGACAUUUUGUGAUGCACGAAAUAUAGAGAUGCCUGAUAUGAAUGUCAUUUAUAAAGCAGGUCGAGGAAGAAUUCGAAAACAAAAUGAUCCAAUUACCAUGGAGCAUCACUACAGGAUUGAUGUGUUUUUGGCAACGGUUGAUUCUCAAAUACUUGAAAUGAAGAAUAGGUUUAAGGAAGAUGUAAUAGAGUUGCUUAUUCUUAGUUCAGCAUUGCACCCCAAAGAUAAUUUUCAGGCUUUCAAUAUUGAACAAAUUUGUCAACUUGCAAACAAGUUUUAUUCAGCUGACUUCACAGAUCAAGAGAAGUUACACUUCAGAACUCAAUUAGAGCUUUUCCAGAUUGAGUUUUCCUGUAAUUCUCAGCUUCAAAAUUUGUCAUCACUUCAGGAGUUGUGCCAAGUGUUAGCGAAGACAAGAAAGUCAAUGUGCUAUACUCUUAUUGAUAGAUUGAUUCGUCUUAUUUUGACUCUUCCUGUUUCAACAGCUACAACAGAGCGUGCAUUUUCUGCUAUGAAAAUCAUCAAGACUUGUUUGCGUUCUAGGAUGGAGGAAGACUUUCUUGCCAACUCUAUGAUAAUGUAUAUUGAGAAAGAAAUUGCUAGAACUUUUGAUGUAAAUUCAAUCAUUGAUGACUUUGAUAAAAUUAAAAGUCGUCGUGCACAAUUUCAUAUGUCUCACACAGUCAAAUAG